UAGUGGUGCAUAAAUGGCAUGUCUUUUGCCAUGAAAAAUGUUGGACAUUUCAAGGACACCAGGUGAUGAAGUUGAGGAUGUUGGUUUAAAGAAGUAUCCCUGAAACUCCCAUCCCUGCUCCCACAUAUCCAGAUAAGAUAACAUCUCCUUAUCAAAGAUGGCGAUAAGAAUAUCGACCUUCCACACCGAAUUUCAGGACGUCGUCUUCCAACAAAGCAAGCCGUUUGACUCAAAUUGAGACACUAAUUACCUCGAUGAGUGGCUAGCAUUCCAGCAUCAUGUCCUCGAAUCCAGUUUUGAGGUGGGGACUGGGCCUUUCAGCCGCCGCGGCCGUGGUUGCAAUCGCCGUCGUGCGCCUCCAGCAGCCCCUCUUGGGCGACAUCGAUGACACCCAAACGUACUGCUACCAAGGCGUCCGUACACACGACGAGGACCAGCCGUCGGCCCAAUGCUUCACUGUGGCCGACGGCAAGUUCACCCGUGUGUUCCCAUGGGAUGAUGCAAGCUUGACCACCACGGCUGGCUUCGUCAUUCCUGGUCUGUGGGAUGGCCACGGUCACCUGAGUCAGUAUGGCGAGUUUCUCUACUCGGCCGAUCUAUUCGGAGCCUCUUCUUUGGACGAUGUUCGGGGUCGCUUGAGGGACUACGUCGAUAGCCAUCCCGAUGCCGGCACCAAGAAUGAAUGGAUUCGGGGAAUUGGCUGGGAUCAGUCAGCAUACGGCAGGAUGCCGACGGCUAAAGACAUUGAGGAAGACGAGCUUCUGAAGGGCAAGUACUUCAUGCUUGACCGGAUAGAUGUCCACUGUUCAUGGGUUUCACAAGCUGUGCUGGAUCUGUUGCCCUCAGAUCUCCCAGAUGUGCCUGGCGGUGAGAUCGUCCGCGAGCCAGGCAUGGGCGUCUUUUGUGACAACGCCAUGGAUUUGAUCUACAACUUGUGGCCGAAGCCUGGACCCGAGAAGAAGCGGGCGUUUAUUGCCGCCGCUAUGACCAAGUUGAAUGAGGUCGGUCUGGUCGGUGUGCACGACGCCGGUGUCUUUCCGGAAGAGCUCGACCUGUACGCUGAUAUGGCAGGCACGGACGAUUGGACUGUCCGCGUAUAUGCCAUGUUGGAAUGUGCUCAGCGUAAUACCUUCUGUCCCGAGGACGCUGCUCGGGUGUUCCGUGAGGAUGACUCGUUCAGCAUCAAGUCCGUCAAGCUUUUUGCAGACGGCGCUCUCGGAAGUUGGGGGAGUGCCAUGAUCGAACCCUACAGUGAUCGUCCCGAUACCGCCGGCUCUCUUCUUGUCAACGGGUCGACCUUGAAGCAGCUUGGAAGGUCCUGGGCAUCCGUCGGAUACCAGGUCAACAUCCACGCCAUCGGUGACCUGGCAAACCGCUACGCCGUCGACGCCCUCGAGGCCGGCCUGCGAGAUGUAUGCCCAGAUGAGAACCUCGCAGGUUGCCAGGCUCGACGACGAUUCCGCAUCGAGCAUUCGCAAAUCAUCCACGAGGAUGACCAGAAGAGGAUCCAUGACAUUGGUAUUAUACCAUCCAUCCAACCGACGCAUGCGACAUCCGAUAUGAAGUACGCCGAACUACGACUUGGGGCAGAGCGCACCAAAAGAGAAGCGUACCGGAUGCGGUCACUCCUGGACGUCCACCCGAUCCUAGGCAGCGACUUCCCCGUCGAGCCGCCCAACCCCUUCCAGGGUAUCUAUGCUGCCGUCGCCCGCAAGAGCCCCCAUACGGGUUACGGCGUCAACGGAAGUGAAGAUGGCUGGCAUACCGAGGAGGCUCUAAGUCUCGACGAGGCGCUGCUAGGGUUCACCAAGGGCCCGGCCUACGGUGCCUUCAUGGAAGGACGAGCCGGCCUCAUCAAGGAGGGCGCGCUGGCCGAUUGGGUCGUGCUGGACCAGCCUCUGGAGGACUUUGACCUUGACGAGCUGCGGGAGCUUAAAGUCAAGGAGACCUGGGUGGGCGGCAAACAAGUCUACGCGCGGGACUAUGAGUGACGGGCUACCAAGG